UGACAUUUUUAGUUUUCAUUUCAGCUGUACACAGUGGUGAUGCUGGAAAGUAUUAAAAAAUUUACUCCCUUCUGGUUGGUGCAUCAGAUUAACCGCAUUCGAAAUUGAACUAACAAUCACCACAAGAAACAGUUUUGCGAACUGAACAAAUACUCAAUGUUAGGAAAAGGAGUUUAUUUCUGGAUACAAUGUCAAUGCAACACCAAUUGUUAGAAAAUAUUUCCCUUUUAUAUUUAGCUUCGAAACAGCUGCUUUUGACAACUCUGCAAACCUCUGCAAAUCAACAGAAACACGUCUGCAAUGUUUUCAUUACUGCACAGCGUUGAACAAUUAAAAUAAUUUGGUUUGAUCCAGUAAUAAUGGUCAAUAAAUUUCCAACGCAGUUUUUGUAGUAAUUAUAAAGGGGACGAAUAUAAACAAUGGAGGCCGGAUUGGAAAAAAAAUUGCAGGGCUUCCAACUUAUCGCACAGGAAAAAUUACAAGCGAUCAUAUGUUCUAUUCCAGGCAAAAAAGACCUUAUAAUUGAGCCAGUACUAAUUAAACCUUUGGAGCAUGUUUGCGCUGCAUCCUGGCUGAAACUGAAAGGCAUACAAAGAAUCUUCAAAUUUGAUGGUGAUCACAUUAUUUCACGUACUGCUGAACAUCAAAUCCACAUUUUUUUAAUACAUAGCAAAUUGGAAACAUUUCAACAGAUUUUAAGGCAUAUACACGAAUUAGAGCGGCUAGAACCGACUGAUCUCGAUGCCGCAGUAAAAAAUUUUCAUAUAAUAUGUGUGCCCACUUGCUUUACCCAUUUCCAAAUGUUGUUGGAAGAGGAAGGCCUUUACGGUUUAGUUCAACUUCAUCGAUACAGCUGGGACUUUAUCUGCCUCGAUCAAAAUGUGCUAAGCAUGGAAAUACCAAAUGUUUUCUCCACACUAUUUUUACGAAAGGAUACCUCUCUUUUACCAGUAAUAGCACAAUCUCUCCGAGUACUGCAAAUCGUUUGUGGACGACCCGAAAUAAUUUUCACUUUUGGUGAACAUUCUGCAACUUUAGUAAAAAUGUUGCAAACUCUUAACAAGCCUGGUAAUGAUAAUUAUAGUGAGUCGUCCACCGAAUUCGCCUCUAUUCUUAUCAUGGAUCGUGACAAAGAUUAUGCAUCUAGUUUACUAACGCCGGCUAUUUAUGCUGGAUUACUGCUCGAAGUUUAUAAUCGACGAGCCGCAGAAAUCGAGUUAGAAACGCAUUCAAAUAAGAUUUCCAAACAAAUGUUAGAAAUUUUCCAACUACCCCAUCGAGCUUAUCAGCAAAAACAAAGUGAAAAGCCGCCAGUAAGCAAGGUGAAGCCGUGUAAACUUCCAAGCAUACGUAUGAACGCAAUGAGUGAUGAAAUUUAUGGUGAAAAUCGGUACAAGCAUUUUGCGCAAGCUAGCAGCCAAAUACGCGCACAAGCAAAAACUAUCGGAUUAGAAGUUCAAAAAUUGGGUGAUAUGAAACUUGAUGAGAUGCACGACUAUGUGGCUCGCAAGUUACCAAAGGUGACGGAGCUUAAAGCAAAGGUCAUGCGACACCUUAACGCCAGCGAACAAAUUAUAGACAUGUUGGGUGGUAACUUUCGUCGUGUGCAAUCCUUGGAGGAAGAUAUACUUAAUAAUGUAGCGCGCAAACGAAUUCAUACAGAAAUCGAUGAACUACUCACAACAAAUUGUCAAAAAUACAAUACUCUCCGUUUGCUUUGCCUAUUUCACAUAUGUGCUGGAAUAAAUGCCGAUGAGUUGUCACAAUUUGUACGGAACUAUUGUAACUACUUUGGUCAACAACACUUGGUUGUUUUUCAACAAUUGGCGGUAGCUGGGCUGUUACCGAUGAUGUGGGAGGAAGAUAGAGGAAACACAUCUGCGAAAAUACUCUCAAAUUUGCCGUUACCCAAAUUUCAACAAACUGAAUUUCAAGCAAAUGCUAAUAGACUGAGAUUAAUGGUUUCAACUACUGGUGCUGAGCCAACGCCUGUCAACUCUAACGUAAGCAGUGAUACUGGUGUUGGUAAUGUCGUAAAUUCGCCCAGCUGCGCUAGUUACGUGUUUAAUAAUCUUUAUAUCCCAAUUGUGGCACAACUCUGCUCGUGCUUACUAAAAGCACAGUCCGCGGAAGAAUUUUCCAGCAAAGUAGGUAUGGUGGACAAGUUAAUUAUGCACUCACUUGAUGGCACAGCACAUAAUGCCAAAUCGUUCGCUAACUCCAUUAAAUUGAAUGACUCCAAGGAUAUAUUUCCUCUGAGAAAACGUAACUUAUUUAUUUUUGUUCUCGGUGGAGUGACAUACGCUGAGAUUGCUGCUUGUAAUUUAAUAGCGCGCCUUAUGGGUUCUCAAAUUAUUGUGGGUUCUGACGCUAUUAUCAGUGGCAGUGAUCUUAUCGAGUCAGCUUUCUGACAAAAACGGAAUAAUCUUGGAAACCUAAAGCAAAAGUUACCCGAAUAUGAAUUUAUAUUGAUAUAACAAAUGCAUAAGUAUGUAAUAUUUACAUUUUUUAAUUAAAAAAAAACAGCAGGCAUUCAACAAGUAUUCCUGAAGCAAGGGACACAUUUUUAUCGGUAAAUUUUCUGAGUAAUUUUAAUACAGCGGCGGCAACUAAUUUCAUAUUCGGCGGCGAAACAUUCAAACGAAAACGGCAAGCAGAGAACGAGAAUUCACAAAAGGCAAGUCAGCUGUUUGUCAGCUGUGUGUUGUACAAACAGAAUUUUUGUUGGUUUCAUUGGAAUUUCUAUAUUUAAUAACUUAUGUAUUACAUUUAAAAAUUUAA